UUCCACUUUCAACUCAUCUCCUCCCUCUCCUCUCCUCUCCUCUCCUCUUAAAACCAUCUCUUUCCGAUUCUAAAAAUGGCGACUUGGGUUUUCUGAACCUGAAGAUUCGUGCCCAGCUGCCUCUUUCCUCUAAUUCCGAGGUCCGAACAUUGAAUCCUUCUUGUUUUCGCUCGGUUCUUUUGGAGAGUUCUUUCUCUGUUGAGUAAAUUCAAGCUUCUUUUUAGAGUAUUAGAACGAAAUUGUUCAAAUAAAUAUGAUAUCUCCGACUCAAUUUGACACCUGUAGGAGUAUGGAAAUGUUUGCGACCAGUCAUCAAAUUAGCAUGUGGGAUGACUCCUUUAAACCAGAAAGCAGUCAAAAUACCGACUCAUCCACAGUUGUAGAGGCAGAGGGCAAACUUGACAAUAGGUUAGAGGAUGCUCUACAUGAAAUGUUAAGGCCAUCAACGCAAUUUGAGCAGGAAGCAAACAAGCCUUCAGACAAGGUAGUAAGACGUCUUGCACAAAAUAGAGAGGCUGCCCGCAAAAGUCGUCUAAGAAAGAAGGCUUACAUUCAACAACUAGAAUCAAGUCGUAUUAAGUUGGCUCAGAUUGAGCAGGAGCUUGAGCUAGCCAGACAACAGGGUUUAUACAUGGGUGGACAUUCAGGAAAUUCUACCCUGGGGCAAUCAGUUAAUUCAGGAAUUGCUGCUUUUGAAAUGGAAUAUGGACAUUGGAUUGAAGAACAGAAUAGGCAUGUUCGUGAACUCAGGGCUGCUUUGCAAGCAAGAGUAUCUGAAAUAGAACUCCGGAUGCUUGUAGAAAGUGGAAUGAGACACUAUGAAAAUCUUUUCCGGAUAAAAGCAAUUGUUGCCAAGGCUGAUGUCUUCUACCUUAUGUCUGGCAUGUGGAAAUCAUCUGCCGAGCGUUUCUUUCUCUGGAUUGGAGGCUUUCGACCUUCUGGGCUCAUAAAGAUUCUCUCCCCUCAACUGGACCCUCUAACUGAGCAGCAAGUAAUGGCCGUUUGUACCCUGCAACAAUCAUCUCAACAAGCUGAAGAUGCUCUUUCUCAGGGAUUGGAUAAACUUCAGCAAACCCUUGCUGAAACGAUAGCAACAGACCCUUUAGAUGCUUCUGGAGUGGCAAACUAUAUGGGUCAGAUGACUCAAGCUAUGGAAAAGUUAGACGCCCUCGAAAACUUUGUCAAUCAAGCGGACCAUCUAAGGCAACAAGCACUUCAACAGAUGCACCGGAUCCUAACAAUACGUCAAGCUGCACGUGCGCUCCUUGCCUUGGGUGAUUACCUUCAGCGCCUGCGUGCUUUGAGCUCCGUUUGGGCUGCUCGCCCUCGAGAACCCAUCUAGAAAACCAAAGAGAGUUUUGUAAAGUUGCCUGAUUUUCCUUUUCGGUGGCUGGGGUAAUUGUAUAAUCAUACGUGCCAUGCAUGGAGGUUCUUGAAGGUUUGUUAGGUAAAAGGGAGGGAAAUGUGUAAAUAUUCAGCCGGGUGUAUAAUAGUUUAGAAGCUCCCCUAUCUAUGUUUAAAGUGUAAUUUAUGAUUCAGCUAUUUGCAGUCAUAAUAAUGUUAUAUAGUAUGUAGUAUAAUUCAGUUUGCGGGGGAAGGAUAAGACGUGAUUUGUCAUGAUCAUGCGAUGGCAGUUCUCUAGAUUUUAGACAUUAUCUGCUACAAUUUUUGUCUGUGUUGUUAAUUAUUCGAAGGAAAUAGCUUUAGGA